CCGCCUUUCGGCUUGUCCGCCCCGCCCCCGGGCUGCCCUCCGUGCCGCCUGAUUGCAGUUCUGGCCUCGCCGGGUUAGCCCGGGCGGAGCGCCAGGAGCAAAGCCGCGCGAGGGCUGGAGGGCGCGAGUACGCCUCUUCCGAGCCAUGUCCGGCUGUCACGCUUCGGAGGAAGACCGCUGCUCACACCAGUGCUGCGCGCAGGACAAGGAACAUCCAAGAUACCUGAUCCCAAAACUCUGCAAACAGUUUUACCAUUUGGGCUGGGUCACUGGGACUGGAGGAGGAAUUAGCUUGAAGCAUGGCAAUGAAAUCUACAUUGCUCCUUCAGGAGUGCAAAAGGAACGGAUUCAGCCUGAAGACAUGUUUGUUUGUGACAUCAGUGAACGGGACAUAAGUGGACCUCCGCCAUAUAAGAAUCUUAAAAAAAGCCAGUGUACUCCUCUUUUCAUGAAUGCUUACACAAUGAGAGGAGCAGGUGCUGUGAUUCAUACCCAUUCUAAAGCUGCUGUCAUGGCCACCCUUCUCUUUCCAGGAAGGGAGUUUAAAAUUACACAUCAAGAGAUGAUCAAGGGAAUAAAGAAAAGUACCUCAGGAGGGUAUUACAGAUAUGACGAUAUGCUAGUAGUACCCAUUAUUGAGAAUACACCUGAGGAAAAAGACCUCAAAGAGCGAAUGGCUCGGGCAAUGAAUGAUUACCCAGACUCCUGCGCAGUGCUGGUCAGACGGCAUGGGGUCUAUGUCUGGGGAGACACGUGGGAGAAGGCUAAAACCAUGUGUGAGUGUUAUGACUAUUUGUUUGAUAUUGCCGUAUCGAUGAAGAAAGUAGGACUGGAUCCUACAAAGCUUCCCGUUGGAGAAAAUGGAAUUGUAUAAGCCAAGUGGGAGUUUAUGAUAUAGAGAGACAAAUCUUAUCCUAAUUAUUAAAUGAUAUGACUUUUUUUUUUAAUGAAUUGAAAAUUUCCAUGAAGCUAUUGAUUUAUCACUAAAUAUUGCAGAUCUUCUGACACUGGAUGAUAUUUGCUUAUAUUCUUGUAAUUUUAAAUGACAAUGCAAUGGAAUAAAAAUUUUAUAAUGAA